AUGUCGGCAGGAGAUCCUGCAACCAAGGCUGGGCCUUCAGGCUCGGCAUCGAAAGACGUCAAGGCAAAGCGAUCAAGGAAGCGACAGAGAAACAAGAAACGCACCACCGAAGUUGAGGACAGCAGCAGCAGCAGCAGCAGUAGCGACGACAGCGACGAUGAAGACGACAAGCAGGUCAAGGCGGCACCGAUUGUCGCAGCAUCAACGCCGAUAAAGAAGACGAAAGCGGAUGCAGACUCGGACUCUGAUGGUUCUGACUCUGAGAAGAGUGAUGGUGGAGAGGAAGAUGCUAAACGCAAGAGGAAGCGAAAACGCAAAGUCAAGACCGAGACCAAAGACAAGACCGCCAAGCCCGCCACUCCCUCUGCAUCAGUCAAAUCAGCUCCGUCGACGGCUAAGUCCGUGGCACUGUCGCCAGACCAAGUCGGACCUGAUCCGAAUACCGACCUGCGGCUGAGUGAUCAAGCAAAGCAAGCCAUUUCCUAUGCUCAAGUCUACACUACGGCAAAGUCAGAAUGGAAGUUCAACAAGGCCAAGCAGAAUUGGCUCUUGCGCAACGCACUUUCGGUUCCUCCUUCCGAUUAUGAUGCAAGCUUGGCACGCAAGCAAGCCGACGGCAACGGCACCGAAAACAGCACAGCCGAAGAGGCUGACGAAGAAGCGGAAGAGGGCGACAACUUUGUCCCCAACGACUUUGUGCCAGUGGUGACGGCGUAUCUUAGCAGCGUCAUGGGCGGUGCUCGUCAGAGGAUGAUCGAGUCUCUCAAGGAAGCUGUCAAUGCACCUGCUAUCACCGUGGCGCCAACACAGCCUGAAGGCACCGACGACGCCGCCGCCACCACUUCUUCCACCAACGUCGCAGCGGACGGCGUAGCCGCGAACGGCGCAGUCACAAAGUCGGUCUCAUUCGGCAACUUGGCUCUUGAGGCGGAAAAGACGGAAGAGGCGACCGCCGAAGCAGGCCUUCCUGAAGGUACCGAUCCUCGAUCUGUGGAGCCGCGCAGGACCCGAGCGACACAGAUGCUCAAGCAGAUGGGCGAGUCACUCUGA